GAGACCCAGGACAUGCUGUAGAGAUAAUGGCGUUCAGUUGGUCUGGGAACAUCUUGGGGUCCUAGAAGAGCUGGACGAACGUGGUUGUGGAAAGGGAGGUCUGGACCUCCCUGAUCAAGAUGCUGUCCCCUUAGACCUGACUCUGGACCAAGAUGAUGGAUGGUUGCUGAGGUCCAAGGUAAACACCUUCCAKAUCAGUUUUCUGUCUUUAAAAAAAUAAAACCCUCAUAAAGCAUUCUAUCUAAACACAUCUGUUUUAUUCUGUUUGGACCCUCAGGCCUUUCAGUAUCUGGGUCGAACGGCUCCGGCCCCUGGUGUAAACAAGAUGUGACUGAGCAGCAGCUGGGGCCCCACGAUGCUGCAGAGACCACUGAUGUGCAGACGGGCGACCAAUUAGGAUGUAGCAGCUACAUGAAACUCCAUCUGUGAGAAUUCAGACAUGUCUGUUGGCAGCAACCUGAGGUCUGAUGAUCAGUUCCUGUGUUCCAUCUGUCUGGACCUGRUCACUGAUCCUCUCAGCACACCAUGUGGACACAACUUCUGUAAAACCUGCAWCACCCAACACUGGGACAGUAAUGUUCUGUACAACUGUCCUCUGUGUAAAGAACAGUUCUCCUCCAMGCCUCAGCUCAGAGUCAACACCUUCAUCAAAGAGAUGGUUGAUCAGUUCAGACAUGAAGCUCAACAAGCUGCAGAACCAGGAGAAGUUCCCUGUGACAUCUGCACUGGAACCAAACUGAAGGCCCUGAAGUCCUGCCUGGUYUGUCUGCUCUCCUACUGUCAGACUCACCUGGAGCCUCAUCUGACAGCUUCACGUCUGAAAAGACAUCAGCUAGUGGAUCCUGUGGAGAACRUGGAGGACAGGAUGUGUUCAAAGCACGAUAAACCUCUGGACCUGUUCUGUAAGACCGACCAGACCUGUGUCUGCUCAAUCUGCUCUGUUUUGGACCACAAGACUCAUGAGUCUGUUCCUCUGAGGGAGGAAUUUGAAGGAAAGAAGGRAGAGCUGAGGAAGACAGAGGCUGAAGUUCAYCAGAUGAUCCAGAACAGACGGCUGAAGAUCCAGGAAAUCAAAGAGUCACUGAAGAUCAGUAAAGCUGCUGCAGACAGACAGAAAGCAGAAGGUCUUCAGGUCUUCACUGAUCUGAUGGACUCAGUUGAGAGGAACAAGAAGAGUUUCAUGAGGGAGGUUGAAGACCAAAGGAAAACUACAGAGAAACAGGCUGAAGACUUCAUCAAAGAUCUGGAAGAGGAGAUCUCUGACCUGAUGAAGAGGAGCUCUGAGGUGAAGCAGCUCUCAGACACUGAAGACCACCUCCACCUUCUCCAGAGCUUCAGGUCCCUGAAAGAUUCUUUACCAACUAAAAACUGGACCCAGGUCAGAGUUGAUCCUCCAUCAUAUGAGGGGACUCUGGUGAGAGCUGUGGCUCAGCUACAGGAGGACAUUGAGGAGAAGAUGAUGAUGCUGUCUAAGUUUGAACUCAAGAGGGUCCAGCAGUUUGAGGUGGAUCUGACCCUGGAUCCUAAAACUGCUCAUCCUGAACUCAUCUUGUCUGAUGAUGGGAAACAAGUUCACCACAGUGAUGUAGUGAAGAAGGUUCCAGACAAUCCAGAGAGAUUUUCUGACUGUGUUUGUGUUUUAGGGACUCAGAGUUUCUCUUCUGGCAGUUUUUACUUUCAGGUUCAGGUUAAAGGAAAAACUGAUUGGGAUUWAGGAGUGGRCAGAAAGUCCAUCAACAGGAAGGGACUUAUCACGCUUUGUCCUGAGGGGGGUUUCUGGACUGUUGUGUUGAGGAAGAAAAAUGAGUUUGAAGCUCUUGCUGAUCCCGAAAUCCGUCUCAGUCUUCGGUCUAGUCCCGAGAAGGUGGGAGUGUUUGUGGAUUAUCGGGAGGGUCUGGUCUCAUUUUAUGAUGUUGAUUCUGCAGCUCUGAUCUACUCCUUUACUGGCUGCUGCUUCAAUGAAGAACUCUACCCGUUCUUUAGUCCCGGUAUUAAUUAUGGAUGUGAAAACUCGUCUCCUCUGAUCAUUUGUCCUGUCAAUCAAUCAGCCUGUUUCCACUGAUGAAGCUUCAUGAACAAAUGGCGUUUGUUCAAAAGUACYAGUGGUUUUCUUUUCCUCUUUGUUUUUGUAACACUUAAGGUUUACAACAGUAGCAUGAAGAAGACCUCCUUUUAAUGACAAUCCUCUUUUAGAAACYGUCAAGACUGUUUUCUUUCUAAACCUGAUCCUGAUCUGAGUAAUUCCUCUAUUUUGUGGUUCCAAUGUCYCGUUUGGAUAUUUAGGGACGUGACUAUUCACUCAAGCCCCAAUUUGAUUAUAGAUUUUAAGUUAAUGUYUUACGGAAACGGCUGCACCGAUCAACAUGAAAUUUGGUAGAAAUGUCGAAGUGCCUGACCUACA